AGGAGAGGAGGGAGAGGAAACGUUAGAAGAGAGUUCAGGGGCGGGUCCCUCUCUUCUGUGGCAUUUCUCAGGUUGAGAAGAACGCUGGGGUUUGGGUAAGGGAAAAGUGCUCCAUAGGGAGGUACAUAGGGGAAACGGGUUAAUCAUCAUUGGAACUCUGAUAAGCCUCUGCCAGCUGGACAUGGGAUCAACACAGUCAGAGAAGAAAGGUUUUGUGAAGCCCGUGGGUCAGUCAAGACAGUGUGGCUGGAGUUUGAGACCAUGCUUGGGACAAAACGAUUUCAACAUGUGAUCGAGACCCCUGAGCCGGGCAAAUGGGAGUUAUCUGGAUAUGAAGCAUCCUUGCCAAUCACCGAAAAGUCAAAUCCUCUGACCCAGGAUUUAGAUAAGGCGAAUGCUGAACAGAUUGUACAGCUCCUGGGGCAGUGUGAUGCUGAGAUCUUCCAAGAGGAGGGACAAAUAAUGCCGGCCUACCAGCGACUCUACAGUGAAUCCAUCUUAACAACUAUGGUACACGUGGCUGGAAAAGUUCACGAAGUGCUGAAGGAGCCUGAAGGGGGGCUUGUUGUUCUGAGUGGAGGGGGAACCUCUGGUCGGAUGGCAUUUCUUAUGUCGGUUUCCUUUAACCAGUUGAUGAAAGGCUUGGGACAGAAACCUCUCUAUACCUACCUCAUUGCAGGGGGUGACAGGUCUGUGGUAGCCUCUAGGGAGGGAACUGAGGACAGCGCCUUGCAUGGGAUUGAAGAACUGAAGAAGGUCACUGCAGGAAAGAAACGAGUGAUUGUUAUUGGCAUUUCUGUUGGACUCUCUGCUCCUUUUGUGGCUGGUCAGAUGGAUUUCUGUAUGAAUAAUUCAGACAUUUUCUUGCCUGUUCUGGUCGGGUUCAAUCCAGUAAACAUGGCUAGAAAUGAUCCCAUUGAGGACUGGAAUUCUACAUUCCGUGAAAUUGCACAACGGAUGCAGAAGCUACAAGAGAAGCAGAAAGCUUUUGUGCUCAACCCUGCAAUUGGACCCGAAGGACUCAGCGGUUCCUCCAGAAUGAAGGGAGGAAGUGCUACCAAGAUCCUGCUGGAAACGCUGCUCUUGGCAGCACACCACACUGUGGAGAGGGACAUGGGAGCCCGGCGCAGUUGUCUCCUGGAGAUCUUGAGAACUUUUGAACGAGCACAUAAAGUCACCUACAGCCAAGGCCCCAAGAUUGCAUCACUGAUGAAGCAGGCAAGCACCAGUCUGCAGAAGAAGGGUCGAGUGUACCUGGUUGGUUGGCAGACUCUAGGUAUUAUUGCCAUCAUGGAUGGAGUGGAGUGCAUUCACACUUUUGGUGCAGAUUUCCAAGAUGUUCGAGGCUUCCUAAUUGGUGAUCAUAGUGACAUGUUUAAUCAGAAGGAAGAAAUUGUUGCCCAGGGUCCGCAGUUCUCCUUUUCCCAAGAAGAUUUCCUCACUUCUAUCCUACCAUCCCUUACUGAAAAGGACACUGUGCUCUUCAUCUUCACCCUGGAUGACAACCUCACGGAAGUGGAAACCUUGGUGGAGCAGGUGAAGAAGAAGACUCCUAAUAUCCAAGCCCUGGCACACAGCACAGUGGGGCAGUACUUACCAGCCUCACUGAAGAAGCUCUUUCCAUCCAUGAUCAGCAUCACCUGGCCCCUGCUUUUCUUUGACUAUGCGGGGAACUUCAUCCAGAAGUUCCAGCGUGAGUUGAGCACCAAGUGGGUGCUAAAUACAGUGAGCACUGGAGCCCAUGUUCUUUGUGGAAAGAUCUUGCAUAACCAUAUGUUGGACCUACGAUUGCGCAACUCCAAGCUCUUCUGGCGGGGACUGGCCAUGCUGCAGCGGUUUUCAGAACAGCCCAAGGCUCAGUGCAUUGAGAGCCUACUCAAGGCCAUCCAUUUCCCUCAAGAACUGUCAGAAGAGAUCCGGGAAGCCCCUAUUUCUCGCCACAUUCAAGUUGCACAUGAGAAGGAACAGGUGAUCCCCAAAGCCCUACUGACCCUCCUGUUUCGAUGUUCCAUCCCUGAGGCUGAAGCCCAGCUUGCUGCUGCCCCCUCUGUCUGCGAGGCCAUUAGGAACGCCCUUCUCCGGGCUGGUCGGAAGCGCCAUGCUGACUCACUUGACACUCUCAAGUCAACCACAGGCUAGUUCAGCCUAUGAGAAGGAAGUCGAGAUUAUGGAGUGAGGGAACACACAAGUAAUGGAGAUGAGAACAAAAUACUUUAAAGCUUGGGAUGACAGAGGCCCUGGAGGGAGGUACUUCUAAGAAGUAUAUACCAACCUAGAUUUGGGAGAAAUGUCUCUUGUUAUUCCCCUCGGUUUUCUUCUCUGAAAAAUUUGGCAAUUUGGCUACAUGAUAUUUAUCUUCCAGCUCUCCAAUUCUGUGAUGUUGUCACUUGGAAAUUCCGACCACAUAAUAUAUAUUGCUGAUCUUU